AUGGUCGGAAGGCAAUCUAACAAAGAUUUCCAAAAAAUGAUUCUUCGAAUUAGAGGCCUAAUGUUGGACAAGGGUCAGGGUAUGAUGGUUCAAUCACAAAUGGAGAAAGCUGAUCCUGUUGAAAUAAGGCAAGAUAUCUUGAGCAACUUGGCUGUGAAGGAGCUGGAGUGCAUCAAUGAAAAGUGUGAAUUCAUGGAAGAGUUAGUCCUGCUAAUGCAUCAAUUAAGGCUGGAAGACAUUGAUGUAAGAAUUUUUUACACUAAUGAAGUUCGAUCAGAGAUGGAGGAUAUCAGUAAAUCUGAGGGAGACAAUAAUCAAAGCUACAUUGACCAACAAGUGAGCUAA